UGUCCGCCCGUCUACCGUGCUGGUGGCCGUUUCUUCGGGUAUUACCAAAAAUCCGAUUUUUAUUGGGCUGCAAAUCCCUUUUCUCUGAAGGAUUGUUGCCUUUUUAAAAAAUUUUUUUGCAAAAGGCUCCUUUUGCUGCCCUUGCAGCUGUUUUUCUUCGGGAGCGACGUUGGCUUGACCUGGAAAACAUCCUCUGGGUGAGACCUAUCCUUACCUUCACCUCCCCUUCGUGGGAUGGUAUGGAAGAAGAAAGAAUAUAUCUGGAAGUGGCGCUCAGAAUUCCGUAGAGGCAACCUCUCAUUAAGAUAACUUGCCCCCAAGGACGGGGUCUUAGACAGUACCAAGCUCAAAGUGCUGCCAGCCAAAGUGGAGCUGAAAUCAUCUUUCUAGAUGCAAGGAGGAAACAUGGAGAAGGGAUUAGAGGGCCCAGGGAUUGCCCCCCGCAUUGUAGAGGUGAUGUACUUUAAAGGGUUCCCAAAACAGGCCACACAGCAGCCAGAUAUGGGUUUGCCACAGCAAUGGGAGGCCCAGUGGCAAGAGUUUCUUAGGAUGCUCCAGCCUUCUCACCUGGGGCAGGGGAUCCCUCAGCCGACGGAUGCUGUGCCGUGGGAUGAUGCCAAGUCUUUCCUGAGUGCUUUUGAGCAAGUGGCUGAAGCCUGCCGGUGGCCUCGGGAAGAUUGGGUGGGCCGCCUUGUGCCGGCGCUGAGAGGUGGAGUCGAGCAGUACAUUUGCCAACUGGAACCCAUGGACCGGCUCGAUUACCAGAAGGUGAAGGGGGCCAUCUUGAAAUCUGACAUCGUCCGGAUGGAGUUGAAACGGCAGCACUUCCGGCAGUGCAGUUACCAGGAACUCGAAGGGCCCCGGAGGGCUUACGACCAGCUCCAGGAGCUGUGUCGUCAGUGGCUGAAGCCGGACAGGCACUCUAAGGAGCAGAUCCUGGAGCUGAUCAUCCAGGAGCAGCUUCUGGCCACGCUGCCGCCGGAAGUCCAGAGCUGGCUGCGGGAAUGUGGGCCUCAGAACUGCAUCGAGAUGGUCGCCUUGGCAGAGGAUUUCCUGAUGGGCCAUCGACGGCCCAGGAUGUGGGACCGGCAGGUGCCCAUUCCAGAGAUGAAUGCAAGUUCCCUGGAGGCAGAGCGGUUGCCCAGACAGCAGUGUGGGGGAGUGAUUCAUCAGGGCAAUCUGAUAGCCAACGAAGUGACACCCUCCAGGAACUCUAGUGUGGACCUUCGUCCCAAAGAACCGCAGACGGCGGAGGUUGGGCUCUCUACGGAACCUGUGGCUGUGAAAGAAGAGUUUAACCUUGAUCAAAAAGCCACACCUUGGGAGUUCAUGCAGGAGAGCAGCGGUGGGAGCAACAAUACUUCAGGACUUUCGGUUGUCCCAUUUGAGUCCACUUCUCAUCUGGAUCAGCAGCGAGCCACCUUUGCAUCGAGCCCCGAGCCUGCAGAAUCCAUUCUCAGCACCUUCUUAGGUGGCAGAUUCCCAAGUGAGAUUAAAACAGAGGAUACAGAGGAUUCAGAUAUGGAUAAUUCUUACGAGCCCUUUCCAGAAAAAUUCCCUGAUGCCGAUUCCUUGGAUCUUGAGACAGACCCGCUCAGUUCUGGAAGAAUGCUGCCACCGAAUGCGGAGCACAGAACAUCCCCACGACGUCGCCGGAAAACCCUGAAAAAGAAAGGCGGUAAGGUUUAUCCGCCGGAGAAGCGGCACGUUUGUUCCGAUUGCGGGCACAGAGCCUAUUAUCUCUCCGACAUGCUGAGGCAUAUGAACAAGCACUCGAAGGAAAUUUACGAGUGCCUUGAGUGUGGGAAAACUUACAAAGGGCUCUUAACGUUUGAGAACCACCAGAAAACCCACAGGCCCCCAGACGAACUUGGCCCCAGCGAGAAAGGGAGGAAGACAAAGACUUCUCAAACUAUGGAAAACUAUAAGUGCCCCGAGUGCGGGAUCAUCAAAGCGACAAAGGUUGGUCUGACAGAACAUAUGAAGGUCCACUCGGAGGACAAACCUUACCAAUGUCCGGAAUGUGGCCAAAACUUUAAGUGGCAGUCCAACCUUUCCAGGCAUCGAAAUCUCCACAAGUUCCGAGAAAUCCUUCCGCUCAGGUCUAGAGUUAUUUCUGAACCAAAAGAGAUUAACUCGGAGCCCCACAAGGAUUUCACGGAGGUCCUCUCGCUGCACCCUGCCGUUAACGAACCAGAUCCUGUUUCAAGGCUUCGCCCGAGGAAACCUGAAGAGCCUGAGGCACCGCCCCUCCGGCGCGGGAUCAAAACUCUCCGGGUUGUGUUGACGAAACUGGCGAACACUCGGAGUGGGAAAGUACACCGUUGCACUGAAUGCGGGUACAAAUCCAACUGGUUGUCGGUGCUGGUUAAUCAUAUGAGAGUCCAUACAAAGGAAAGACCCUACACAUGUCAGGGAUGCAAGAAGAAUUUCCGGUAUUCAUCAAGCCUUCGUAAACAUCAAAAAUACGUGUGCUCCCAAGAUUGGCUGGCAGCCGGAGACUCUCUUGCAGAGCAGACCUAUGGAGAUGGCGAAGCAUCGAGGAGGAUAACGAGCUCUCUGCAGGAGAAUAUCAACCCGGAAACGUCUUCAAGGGGGCCUACAGUGGAACCCACGGAGCUCCUCUCGAAAAAGACGCACCCCUGUUCCAAAUGUGAAUACAGAGCCGAAUCACUCACUGACCUUAUUAAACACCUCCGCAUCCAUAUAGGGGAAAAGUCCUACAAAUGCCAUACAUGUGGAAAAGUUUUUCGGUCUCCAUCAAGCUUUGCGAAACACUGGCAGACCCACAAAGACACCAGUUCCCACUUAGUUCCCAACAGCUCCAGUUUCGACACUGCUACGCCCGCUGUUGCAGAAUGUGACGUAACACUUAGCGAUGAUGAGGAGUUGAUUAAUGUUCUGGCCAAAAAAUCAGCAGGAAAAUCUGGCCGUCCUGCUGCUCCAAAGGGCAAGGUGUCAAAAACCAAGGCCCAUCAAAUGGUACAGCAGAGAAAAAGAAGGGCCACUGAGACAUUGAAAAACGCGGAAGGGUCAAAGAAAAGCAGAUAUGAUACGCUCGAGAAAAAACACAAAUGCCCGGAUUGCCCACAUCGAGCUUACUACUUAUCCGAUCUGCUGAGACACCAGAGAGUCCAUACGCGUGAGAAACCCUACAAAUGCCCCGAUUGUGGCAAAUCCUUCACUCAAAAGUCUGCCGUCACAAAUCACCAGAAAACCUGUCAGAUCCAGGGCAACAAAAAGCCGGAGGAAAAGAUUAAAAAACACAACGGAAAGAAGAAAUACACGUGUUCCAGAUGUGGACACAAAACAUACAAACUUUCGACUCUUCUGGUCCACUUGAGAACCCACUUGGGCGAGAAACCUUUCAAAUGCCAAGACUGCGGGCAAAGCUUCACCCAGAGUUCAAACCUUUCUCGGCACAGGAGGCUUCAUAAGGCUCCAGAAAACACCGGCAGCCAGGAAACUUCUCCUUCCAACCUUUCAGAAAAUACUGCAGGAAACGAGGUGCUUCCGCUAAUCAAGGUGAAGGAGGAAGAACUGGAGCUGGAAAUAACGCCGGAGGGUGAUCAGAUCCCGGCCGUCGCCCCCAGGGAUACGAGUGCGAUCGCUACUCUCAGUCAGCGGUGGCGGUACAAUAGGGAGGAAAAGGAGAUAGUUCCAGAAGGAGGCUUCAAACUUGUCGAGCCGAAAAAGGAGAAAGAUGACGAAGAGCUAGGCAAACCUGAGGAACCUCUAAAGGACGAAACCACGGAAGCUUGCAACAAGCCCAGCGAACUGCAAAAGGAGGCGGAGGCAGAGAAGCUGGCAGAAAAGCUGAGAGAUGAGUUAGUCAAGAAAGAAGUGACCGUCCGAGCGAUGCUGGAAAAGUUUGCAUACUGCAAAGGCCGGGAGACCGAUCCCGGCAAGACAGAGUCGGAGACCACCCCGGCGGUCCAGGAGGGAGAGAAGCCACCUUCCAAAGAGGCCACAGGUGGAGAAGACCCUCUCCAGGAGGAUGCCAAGAAGAACAUCAUCAUGCCCAUCCUCUGUGACCAGUGCGGGGAGGGCUUUUCGAAGGACAGCGAGCUGGUCAGGCAUCAACUCAGCCACCACUGGGAGUGAAACCUCACCGUUGCCCGAGGGUUUCUUUUUUGCAAAGAUGAUUUUGGGAGCCCUCUGAGAGCGCCUGACUUUUUUUAGCCGACCCGUGCGUGUCCCGAGUGUGGGAAAAUCCCUUUGUCCUGCUCAGUCUGCCACCGAGGCACCGUAAUUGUCCUGCCGGACAGUCUCUCUUUAGAAACCCAUCGCAUGGACCCACACAAGAAGGAAUGGAAGGACAGGCAGAAGCCUGUGUGCGAAUGUCGCAGAUCGAUUUUUGCACUGGCCUUUAGAUCUCGUCCCUUUUCUUUUUCAGGCCCUUUCCCACACCAGGUUGAAGUACCUGCCUGUUUGCACCCAGGUCAUACCCACCCUCCUUUCCUGUUGUGUUUUUUCACGUGCAUAUUCUUAACCAACCUGUUGUGAAUACAGUGGGUUCUUUUUUAUUAUUAUUACUGAACUCCCAUCUAAACCCUGAGGGUUCCAGUAUCCCACUGGUAUUUCCAGCCAGAGUAGACCCAUUGACUCAGCAGAGUUUAUCGAAGUGUUACUUCCCUUUCAGUGAUUUUGAGGUCGUGGGUCUGCUCUCAUUGGGACUGGAGUCGGAGUUAAGGCAGAGACCGCAGCGUCUGCUCUACCGCUACCUCUUUAACAGGGGUUCAAUCUACAGCAAAGGCCAAUGGAUCAUGUCUACCUCUUUCUCCAGAGAAGGACCAGCUGCUGAUGGAUGCCGCUCAGGCAGGAGUGGGGCAGGUAUAGUGAGUGAGGGCAGGGAUGGGGAUAAGUGAGGAAUCUUCCAACAGCACGUGAGUUUUGUGUGGUGACACGGCUCCGAGCAGUUGGAAUGUUCAUGAACAGUCUUUGGGUUGUUGUUUUCCCCCCUCCACCAUUGCACUCGUGUGUAAGAAUUAUUUAUUUUGUUUCCAAAUUAGCUGAAAACUGAGCAUUGGCAGCCUGCUAGAUACAGAAUUUCCAAAGGCUUUGUCCUUUGUUUUACCUCAGGUUAUUCUCCUUCCCUGUUCCUUCUUGUUGCGUAUCAUACGGAAGAGACAGACACCAUUCUAUUGUCUCUGUAAAUCUGAAAAAUAAAAUUGAAGUAAAUGCAUUCCAGAACUGGAUUUGAUUUUAGAAGGCAAAGUUUAAAGGAGGGAGUGGAAAUUCAUAAGGAUUCAUCUGGAAGAAAAAUCCAAUUAAUAAAUAAUUUUUUGAGGACCUCUGAAGAAAGUGGUUCCAGAGGACCUGCUCUGAAGACCUCCAUCAGAGCGUCCAUGUGCCAACAGAAGUUUACAAUCCCUAACUUUUGUGUUCCUUUACCACGGAAGUGGAGAACCUUUGGCUUGCUUGAACUACAAUGCCCAUCUUCCAUUCCCAUUGACUGUUUCAGCUGAGGCUUCUGGGUGUUGGGAUGCAUUUAAACAGCAAGGGAAGGGGUAGAUAAGAAAGCCAUCUUCGAUCCAUAUUUUUUGUAAAGCAUUGUUUUAUGUUAAGUUUUAAAUUAAUAACAAAUACCUGCGGUGGGGAGGGGCACUGUACAAAUUAAUUCACAUUUAGAAAUGAGGAAGAAAAUGGGAGGGGGGGACAAAAGGAACACAGGAUGUACAGAAAAAGUUAGAAGAUGCAAUAUGCUCUAUACUUAAGAGUUUUUAGAAGACUCAGAUGCUGAAAGGAGAUCAUCAUACAGUGGUGCCUCGCUUAAUGAGCGCACCAUAUAACGAUGAAUCCGCAUAGCGAUCCCGUUUUCGGGAU